AGCCAACACGGGAUAUAUCUCUAUGAGCCCAGUCUGCCUGGCGCAGCCAUUGCUGCAGCCGUGUUCGGCGUGAGCGCUAUAUACCAUCUCUUGGUCAUGAUCCGGACCAGGGCAUGGUACUAUGUCCCCUUUACCGUCGGCGCAUUCAUGAUGACAGCUGGCUACGUCUCCCGCUUUCUUUCGGCAAAAUCGCCCACCGACCUAGGUCCAUACAUCCUGCAGUCGCUCUUCAUCAUUCUCCCUCCCUCCCUCUAUGCAGCGACAAUAUACAUGAUCUACGGCCGCCUCGUUCUCUUCACCAACGCCCCGGAAGCAUCCAUCAUCCGUCCCACGCGUGUCACAAAGGUAUUCGUCACUGGAGAUGUGCUCGCCUUCCUCAUGCAAGCUGGAGGCGGCGGCAUGAUGGCUGAACCUGGUUUGAGCAAGCUGGGUCAAACCAUCAUGCUGAUCGGUCUUUUUGUCCAACUCCUGUUCUUCGGGUUUUUCCUCGUCAUCUCACUCAUCUUCUGGAAGCGCGUGCGGAGCCACUCCAAAACCUUUGCUGUUCCACAGCACGGGAAAUACUCGUGCGCUGCAUUGCUCAAAUUAUUAUUGCUCGCGGCAGUCAUUAUUAUCCUUCGCUGUGUCUUUCGAAUCCUGGAAUUUGGCCAGGGACACGAUGGCUACCUGGCUAGUCAUGAAGUGUACAUGUAUGCCUUUGACACAGCACCAAUGUUCCUUGUGCAGGCUUUGCUCCAUUUUGUGCAUGCCGCCAAGGUC